AAAUGACAUUUACAAGGCAUUCAGCGAUAACUGAAAAUCGAGUGCGGUAAAAAAGUCGCAAUUUAAGCGAAAAAUAAAAAGAAAUCCCCAUUUUUAGUUGAAAAUCUUAAAGUUAGUGUGCUCGAUUACUUGUUUAAAAUCGUAGAUACGUAAAAUUACCCUGUCGCAGCAAUUUGGGAGCAAAAAACAGUUUGUCGAAAAAACAGUUUUCAUCGUCAAUAGCGCUACAUAGAACCACAUAGAGGACGUAACGGUAUACGGAGGCUGUCGAUGCAGAGAAAAGUGGCGUGAUGUUCGAAUACACGUGGAACUAGGAUUGAACGUACACGCAAAUACGUACAAAAGACCCAUUACAACAACAGCAAAAGAGAAGAAAACAUCAACAAACCACCAACUUCAUUCAUAAAUCACAAUUUUUCGUCUUUGUUCCAUCAAAAAAACGCAAAAAAAAAAACAUAAUAAAGAUACAUUAUCAGAAAUCAAACGAGGAAGCCAAUAAAAGUAGAAGGAGAUAAAAAUGACGAAAGCACAAAAUGGUCCCGAACAAGUCAAGCCGGCGGAGAGUUACUACUCCAUCGAUCCAGAGGUGCCGGUGAAGCUGAAAAUGACAAAAGACGGUGUGGGAGCGCGUCAACCAAUUUCCGUGCCUGGCUUGUUGUCGAAAAUUGCACGUGAAUACCCGAAUCAGCCAGCGUUGUGUUACAAGGACAUCAAUAAUGUUUGGCAACAAAUCACAUACAGUGAAUAUAAGGAUCGUGUGUAUCACAUGGCAAAAGUGUUCAUCAAACUCGGGCUCGAUCAAUAUCAUUCGGUGUCUGUUUUGGCUUUCAAUAGCAAAGAAUGGUUCAUUUCAGAUCUUGCUGCUAUCCAUGCUGGCGGUAUUAUUGCCGGAAUUUACACAACAAACUCCGCGGAAUCAGUUCAGCAUAUUUUGGAGAGUUCGCGUUCGAACAUUGUUGUUGUCGACGAUGCCAAACAAAUGGAGAAAAUCCAUUCGAUUAAGAAGAAUUUGCCACAUUUGAAGGCUGUCAUUCAAACGCAACCCCCAUAUGCGCCGUAUGUCAAACGUGAGGACGGCUAUUACCGAUGGGCAGAGUUGGAGGAGAUGAAUGUUGACGAUCAACAGGCGGAACUUGAUCGACGAAUGAAGGAAAUUGCCAUUAACCAGUGUUGCUGUUUGGUUUAUACAUCCGGUACGGUUGGAAAUCCAAAGGGAGUCAUGUUAUCGCACGAUAAUUUGACAUGGGAUGCAUAUGUCACGAGUUUAAGAUUGCCAUGCAUGGUGCCCGCAAAGGAAGUUGUCGUUUCGUACUUGCCCUUAAGUCAUGUGGCAGCACAAAUGGUCGAUAUCUACUUGACGAUGAUGUAUGCGGUGACGGUAUAUUUCGCAGACAAAGACGCGCUUAAGGGAAGUUUGGUGCAUACGUUGAAAGAUGCUCGUCCAACGAGACUUUUGGGUGUGCCACGUGUGUACGAGAAGAUUCAGGAGAAAAUGUUGGCAAUCGGAAACCAAUCGGGCGCUAUUAAAAAAGUAAUUUCAUCAUGGGCCAAAAGUGUCACUUUGCAACAUCAUUUGGACCAGAUGCAAGGCAAACCCUCGAAUUCAUGGCAAUAUAAAAUCGUCAAAAACUUGAUAUUCUCAAAGGUGAAAGACGCUCUCGGCCUUAAUAGAUGCACAACUAUGGUAUCUGCUGCUGCUCCCAUUUCGCUCGAAGUGAAGAAAUAUUUCAUGAGUUUAGACAUGCCCUUGAUGGAAGCUUUUGGUAUGUCGGAAUCAUCGGGCGCCCACACACUCACGUCUCCCGAUCAUUUCAACCUGGAGACGAUCGGCAAGCAACUCGAUGGCUGCGAAACGCGACUCGAUAAUUUGGAUGAGAACAAGCACGGCGAAAAACUCAUCCGGGGACGACAUGUUUUCAUGGGAUACAUCGGCGAAUUGGACAAAACGAAAGACGCCUUGCAGGAAGACGGCUGGAUGCGAUCCGGAGACUUGGCAUACAUUGACGAAGAUGGCUUUAUUUACAUCACGGGACGCAUCAAGGAACUUUUGAUUACUGCUGGCGGCGAAAAUAUCCCUCCCGUGCACAUUGAGCAUCUCGUAAAGGCAGAAUUGGCAGCUAUUAGCAAUGCAUUCCUCAUUGGUGACAAGAAAAAGUUUUUGACAAUGCUCGUGACACUUAAGACUGACAUGGAUCCCGAUACGGGAGCACCGCGAGAUAGUUUGCAUCCGGAAUCGUUGAAGUUGAUGCGAGAAUUGGGACUCGAGUACACGAGGUUGUCUGAAGUGCUGAAAGCAGGACCCGAUCCAAAGGUAAUGAAAGCCAUUGAAGACGCCAUUGGUCGCGCAAAUAAAAAAGCCAUCUCCAAUGCCCAAAAAAUACAGAAAUUCGCAAUCCUUCCGCACGACUUUUCCGUUGCCACGGGCGAGCUUGGACCGACACUCAAAGUUAAGCGAAAUGCUGUUGUAAAGAUGUACGAGGGAAUCAUUGACGGAUUCUACAAGGACUGAUUGUUAAAGUGUAAGUUGUAGAGUAUGGAUAUGUUAGAAUAAUUCAACUUUUGCCUAUAAAAAAACACACAAACAAUAUACUCUUCAAACUUCACACUUUCAAAAACUAAAUAAUUUAACGUUACAUGUAAUACGAAGAAUAUCUCUUCAUCAAUUCUAUAAAAAAAAAGUUUAAAGCACUCCUU